UGGACGGGGUCGAUGGGCGAUCAUGAAGGCCCAUGGCCUAGAUCAGUGGCUCACAUUGCACUUGGUGGGUGCGCUGGUCUACCAUCUCCCCAAGUGGGAGAGUGGACGUCAUAAUUUGUGCGAGAGGGGGUACGCGUUCGCGCGGCCCCUGCCAAUUGUAAGAAAUUAAAUUUUGGUCCUUCGGCAGCAUUAUUAUCAUCUAGUAGGUCGUUCUGUAGAAAUCGUGGAUUUGAAUCGUUCCUGGGCCUGAAGCUUUCGCGGCCCAAUAAUUUUUACUUUUCGGCCUCCGUAGGUUGUUUUUCUGUUACCGGCGAGGUCUUGCGGCGCGUCGCUCUUCCACUGAGCCAUCUCCUAUCCGAUUACAUUCGCCGGGUCAUCUCGAGGCCGUCACGCCGGUGUUGCUGCGAUGCUCCUCCUCCCGAGGAAUCCAGUCCUCACCGCCCCGGCGCUGCCAUCCUCCCCCUCCCCCUCGCUCUCUCCAUCCCGCCUCCGCCCCUCCCCUGCACCGACUCACGCCACAUCUGCUUCCCCCGCCGCAUCAGCUGGCGCUUUCUCGGUGGAGGACUACCUCGUGAGCAGGUGCAAUCUCUACCCCAACGUUGCCGCCCGCGUGGCGCCGGAGCUCUCGGCCAUCAGGUCGCCCUCCAAGCCCGACGCCGUGCUGGCCUUCCUCGCCUCCGCGCUGGAGUUCUCCACUCCGCUCAUCGCCUGCAGCGUGCUGAGGACGCUCGCGCCGCGCGCGGACGAGCUCCGCGCGCUCGGGUUCACCACGUUCCAGAUGGGUCUCCUCGUCGCGCGCUGCGGCGCGGCCGUGUUCCGCUCACGCGAGCUCAUCUCGACGGUCCAGUUCUGGCUCCCGUAUCUCCGUGGCCGCGUCGACAAGCUCGUCGCCGCGCUCAAGGGCAACCCGGGCCUUCUCAGCGCGGACCUCCGGACGGUCAGGUCCACCAUCGCGCUGCUCCUGGAGGAGGGCACCCUCUCCGACGAUGACGUCGGCUGGUUUGCCAUAUCCUACUGCUCCAAGCUGCUCAUCGCGAGCCCGGAAGAGGUCGACGACGUCCUGGCACGCGCCGACGAGUUCGGCGUGCCGCGCAAGACGCGGGCGUUCAAGGACGCCAUCAUCGCGGCGUUCAGCGCGAAGCCGGAGCGGCUCGCCUGGAAAGCCGCAUUCUUCAGGGACGAGCUCGGGUGGACGGAGGCGCAGGUGAAGACGGCGGCGGCGAAGAUGCCGACGCUGCUGACGGUCUCCGCGGAGCGGCUGCGGAGGAACUGGGAGUUCCUGACCACGGAGGUUGGCAUGGACGCGGAGCGUGUCGCCAACUUCCCGGCGCUGCUCAGGUACGACCUGGAAGGGCGGCUUGUGCCGCGGUUCCAGGUGAUGAGGGUCCUGCAGGCGCGGCGGCUGUGGCGCGGCAGGGAUUUCAACAACAUCGCCGCCAUCACGGAGGAGGAUUUCGUGGCCAAGUUCAUCAGGCCGUUCCUGGUCAAAGUCCCAAACUUGGCCAAAGUUUACGAGGCCGCCAUUGUCAAGAAGGAAGCACAGUAGCUGGCCAAAGUUUACAAGAUGCUCGACAAUUGAAGAGCUCCUAGUUCCUGUAGAUUUUCGCAAGAUUGUGCGGCGAGUGCAUGUAGAGUACAAUUCGUAUGAAACAUUUCAAAUGCAGGCUUUUAUGUAAAGAGUAGAUAGUAGCAUGAAACUGCUGAUCCGUGUAAACUGACGAGCAACUCUUGGACAAUGGCAGUGCUAUUGGAAUUUUUUUUUGAGGGGGUAUUGCUAUUGGAAUUGGUGUAGUACAGUUGUUA